CGCGAUCUAGCCGUAGCUGGUAGCCGAAGUCGUCGUUUCGGACACGGCCAAUUUUUCGUAUGAACUUUUCGGCAGGGACGUGUGCGGGAGCGGGGGAGUGAGGGCUAAGCUUUAUCAGCUGAAUGCACCAGCAAACCACCGAAAACUCUAUUUGUUACGCUAACAAGUACGAUUUGUAGCCGUGUUUCACCGUUACUGAGGCUGGAGUGAUUAUUUGCCGCAGACAGCAGAUUGGUAUGGCGGCUCGUAUCUCGAAACGUAGGAGGUUCUCUGAGGGUAGUCAGUCAUCGAAGGGGUCCUCAGGCAGUGAUUCCAACGACGUGAUGGACUUAACAGAGUUCCAGGAGUGGGAACCGAAAGAUGUGGCUGAUUAUCUCACAUCGAAAGGAUUCGAAAGUGAAGCAACGUUGUUUAAAAAGCAAGAAAUAUCAGGAAAAGUUCUGGAGUACCUUACAGAGGAUUUGCUUGACAAGAAAAUUGGUGUGAGGAGUGUCGGCAAGCGUCUGGAACUGUUAAAAGAGUUCAAGGAGCUAAAAACACUGACGGACAAUCAUAAGCCAAGGGUUUUUCAAGAUUCCUUGAAGGUGUUCAACGAUCCAAUUCAUGGUCACAUUGACGUUCACCCGCUGUGCGUCCACAUCAUCGACACCCAACAGUUCCAGAGGUUACGCUACCUCAAGCAGCUAGGUUCCUGCUAUCUAGUCUUCCCUGGAGCCGCUCAUAAUAGGUUUGAGCAUUCAUUAGGUGUAAGUCACUUAGCUGGAACUUUAGUCAGAGCACUACAGAAGAGACAGCCAGAGCUCAACAUAACUGAGAAAGAUGUUCUCUGUGUACAGAUCGCUGGCCUGUGUCACGAUUUAGGCCACGGCCCUUUUUCACACAUGUUUGACAACCUCUUUAUUCCGGCAGUUAGACCAAACUACGAAUGGGCGCAUGAGCAAGCUUCAGUGGAUAUGUUUGAUUACCUGAUUGAAGCCAAUCAACUCAAGGAGGUCUUUGCGGAGUUUGGUCUUGACGAUCAGGAUAUCAGCUUCAUCAAAGAGCAGAUAGCUGGACCACUGACAGGAAAGAAGACGGAAUGGCCGUACCGUGGACGACCGAAAGACAAAAGUUUCCUUUAUGAGAUCGUUGCCAAUAAGCGCAAUGGUAUCGAUGUUGACAAGUGGGACUACUUCCUAAGAGACUGUCAUAACCUCGGCAUCACCACCAGCUUUGACUGCCACCGCUUCAUGAAGUUCUCCCGCGUUAUUGAAGUGGAUGGCAAGAAACAGAUCUGUGCAAGGGAUAAGGAGGUUGGGAACUUGUAUGAUAUGUUUCACACAAGGAACAGUCUUCAUCGUAGAGCCUACCAACACAAAGUAACUAAGAUCAUUGAAACCAUGAUUGUGGAGGCACUUGCAAAGGCCAACGACCACUUUUUGGUUAAGGGAAAGAAUGGAAAUAAGCUGAAGAUGUCGGAAGCGAUUGAUGACAUGGUAGCGUACACAAAGCUGACUGAUGACAUCACCCUUCAGAUCAUGCGAUCUGAUGACCCAAACCUUGAGGAGUCAAGACGUAUCCUGGAGUUGGUCCAGAAACGUCAACUCUACAAAUGCAUCGGUCAGACCCAGCCCCCUGAUGGCACUGUUCUUGACAGGGCCAGCAUACCCAAGAUGAAAGAGGAAAUAGUCUGUGAGUUGGAUCCUGAUGUACUUGGUGGUACACCUCUCUCAGUGGGUCAACUAAUCAUCCAUGUCGUGGAUUUAAACUAUGGCAUGGGAGGGCAGAACCCAAUUGACCACGUCCGGUUCUACUCUAAGGAGAACCCCCAGCAGGCAGUCAUGGUCAGGAAGAGUCAGGUCUCUCAGAUGCUUCCAGAGCGUUUUGCAGAGCAACAUAUACGAGUCUACUGCAAGUCAAGGGAAACGGAGGAAAUAAUAAAAGCAAGUAGAUGCUUCCAGAGCUGGUGUUUGAAGAAAAAAUAUGCAGUCAAGGCGGGGAACGUGUUGGACCCGGAGUUGACGCCAUUCAAGCCAGGUUUAGACAGCAGCCACUUAACUCCAGUGAAGAAAUCCAGAACAAGGUUAUCUAUGUAAGUCUUCUACGACCAAGACAUCGAAGAACUAGUAAUAGGUCGAACUGCUCAGUCUCAGGGAUACCGGGUUAUAAUAAGUGCUAUUCACACGACAUCAAUUUAACUGGGGUCCAUUGCUUAAAGGAUUUGGGUACUUUUUCUAACACA